AUCCACUCAAGUUCACCCCAUUGAAUCUUGAUCCGCGGCCCCGCCAUCACUUCGCGUCGAGGCGUGUCGCGCCGUAUUCGACGAUCCAGACCAGAAACAGGAUGCGAAAUAGUCUGGUGUAUUUGGUGUCUCCAAACUCGCCUGGUUGUAUUUUUACUCCUAAAUCCCUCAAUCCAGUCAUUGACGUCCGAUUCACUCUUGGCUACCAUGCCGCGCAAACCUGCAGACGACGCGAUCACGGCUGAAUUGGCCAGUGUGGUACGCGAUGUCUACAACGGUCCAGAAAGCGACCAAUUGACGGUCAAUUAUGCGCGCCAGCUUGUCGAAAAGAAACUCAAGCUCGGAGAAGGGUUUCUGAAGGAGGGAGAUUGGAAGGCGAAAAGCAAACAGAUAAUUCUAGACAGUCUGGCCGAGCUUGAAGGGGAUGAAGCCAAGCCCUCCAGCACGUCGGCACCUACGCCCAAGGUGGAGCCCAAGCCCACCAAACAAGGGAGCAAGCCCGAGCCGCAGAAGGGCAAGGGGAAGAACAAGAAGCAGCCACAGAAAGAGCCAACACCGGCAACCGAAUCCGAGGCCAGUGACGUCGAUGACGCCGUAGAUGAAUCCGAACGGCCGGUCAAGAAGCGCAGACUGGGGAAGGGAACAAGGAAAAACAAGGUCAUCUCCGACGGCGAAGAUGGCGCAGCGUCUGAUCUCAGCGAGGACGAGAGGCAUUCCCAUUCUUCAGAGCCACCCUCCAAACCGCCGCCAAAAAGGCUGAACGAAACCGAGAGCGACCUGUCCGACGUACCCGACGAGACCCCAAAAGCCAUCGACGAAGAAAGCGAGCUAUCCGAGGUCAUCGACGAGUGGCCAAAGCAGCGGAAGCAGAAGUCCAAAAGCAAAGCGCCCCCUAAACCCAAAGCCAAGCCCCCAACACCCGACGACAACGACUCCUCAAGCGAGCUGUCCUCAGUUAUUGACGACCCCCCGCCACCUCCAAAACGCAAACGCAAGUCCAAAGACGGCUCAGCAUCCUCAGGACCAGCCAAAGGCAAAAGCGCCAAGUCGUCCACGGGCACGGCGGACCUGUCCCCAGACGAAGCCCAAAUCAAGCUCCUGCAGAGCCAGCUCGCAAAGUGCGGCGUCCGCAAGGUGUGGGCGUUUGAGUUCAAGAAGCGCGGCGACGACACGCCCAAGGCCAAGAUCAAGCGUCUGAAGGAGGCGCUCGCCGACGUGGGCAUGACGGGCCGCUUCUCCGAGGCCAAGGCGCGCGAGAUCAAGGAGAUGCGCGAGCUGCAGGCCGACUUGAACGAGGUGAUGGAAGGGGAGAAGAGUUGGGGGGUUGAGAGUGGCAGGGGGAGGGGAGCAAAGACGAGGUUGGCGGGGUCGAAGAAGAAGACUUUGAAGGGGGUUGGGAAAGAUGAUGGCGAUGAGGAUAAGGAGGGGAAAGACCGGAAUGAAGGGAAAAGUGACGGAAGUGAUGAUGAGGAUGGAGGGAAGCCUGUGGUUCGCGGGAAAGGGCUUGCAAAGCGGAGAGCGGAUCUGGCAUUUUUGGACGAUGAAAGUGAGUCGGAGUGACGGAGUUGUCUGUUCGAGUCUGGACUCGGUCCGAUACCAGGUGUCAGAGAGCGCUCCGAUUCGCUUUGGAGGAAUGCGGUCAACAACCGUAAUAGGUGGAUGGUCUUAUAUGAGAUGUGUAUGAGGCAUGGCCGGUUAACGACACCAACUGUGCAAGGGCGCAUAAGGUAGCUAGGAUCGCUGGAUUAGCACAACUUCAGUAACCCACUCGGCGCAAUCCAGAACGCCAACACAUUAGCAGACUAGGAACCCUAAUAGAAAUCAUCAUGUUC